UUCCGGCUGCCUUUGGAUUUAGUCAAAAUGAAUGCAAACAAUCACGUGGGAUUCAGCCAAGCAAUGACGUUAAAUUCUGCUCUGUCAGAAGACAGCAUCUGUCAAAGCCCACAUUUAAACUGCUGCCUGCCUGUGCAGCAGCUGAAGAACUACGGAAUGGAUUUUAUAGACCAGAAUCCUCAGUUAGAACAGCUCAAAAUCGUUUCUAUUACUGCCUAGCAACAAUGAAGGAAGGAAUAGAGGGAAAUCCUAUUACUGAAGGCAACCGAAGCACUACGCACUAGCACUCCCUGCUAAUAUCACCAUUAGAAAUAUGGAUACUGAGGAGAAGAGAACACAGCACUGCAUUGUCCGACACGGGAAACACCAGAUGUAAAAGCUCCAAUACAUUGGCCGUGAACGCCAGAGAGCCCCGAUCGGAACAGAAACGAGAACUACUGUCCUUUUGUUUGAAGGAUGAACAAAAAGCCCCAAGACAAGGACAACACUUAUGAGCAAGGAAGGUAACACAGCAACGGGCAGACAGAUGGACAGCUUGGAUACUGUGAAAAGCAAUCGCAGGAAGCAGAUUGUUGGGGGAUGUGCGCAUGUUCGAUAGCAUCUUUUUUGCUGAAGUGAUGGCGUGCCAAAACUAUUUUCUGUGGGUAUAAUCCUCGCACCAUAAAUGGCCUGACCAAGGAAGCGUGAGCCAUUUGCAGACAAUUACUCACCAUGAACAAAAGAAAAUGAAUACCAAAGAAUAGCAGUGGAUUCAAACGCGAUCAGAAAAGCAUUUUGCUUGGCCAUUGUCUCAUAUCCCAUCACUGGAUUCUUACAACAUGCUUCAGUGGAGAAGACGACACUGCUGCUUUGCAAAGAUGACCUGGAAUACCAAAAGGUCUCUGUUUCGCACCCAUCUCAUUGGCCUGAUCUCUCUUGUAUUUCUUUUUGCUAUGUUUCUAUUCUUUAAUCACCACGACUGGCUACCAGGCAGGGCUGGAUUCAAAGAAAACCCCAUGGCUUACACUAUACGAGGAUUUAGAUCUACAAAAAUCGAGACAAACCACAGCUCUCUAAGGAACGUGUGGAAAGACGCCAUACCUCAGACGCUCAGGCCUCAAACCGUCACCAACUCCAAUAACACGGAUCUGUCAUUGCAAGGAGUAACUGGUUUGGAAAAUACCCUCAGUGCCAAUGGAAGUAUAUACAAUGAGAAAGGUACUGGGCAUCCAACUUCAUAUCAUUUCAAAUACAUCAUAAAUGAGCCUGAGAAGUGCCAGGAGAAGACCCCUUUUCUAAUAUUGCUCAUUGCUGCAGAGCCAGGCCAGGUGGAAGCUAGACAAGCUAUUCGACAAACCUGGGGUAAUGAAAGCCUCACCCCUGGCAUCCAAAUUGUUCGUAUUUUUCUGCUGGGCUUAAGCAUCAAGAUAAAUGGAUAUCUCCAGCGCACCAUAUUAGAGGAAAGCAGACAGUACCACGACAUCAUUCAACAAGAAUACUUAGACACCUACUAUAAUUUAACCAUUAAAACUCUUAUGGGAAUGAACUGGGUUGCGUCUUACUGUCCACAUGUUGCAUAUGUUAUGAAAACUGACAGUGAUAUGUUUGUCAAUACUGAAUAUUUAAUACACAAGCUUCUGAAACCAGAACUUCCUCCAAGGCACAAGUAUUUUACAGGUUAUUUAAUGAGAGGUUAUGCACCUAAUAGGAACAAGGAUAGUAAGUGGUAUAUGCCACCUGAUUUGUAUCCAAGUGAACGUUAUCCUGUAUUCUGCUCUGGAACUGGUUAUGUUUUUUCUGGAGAUUUAGCAGAAAAAAUCUUUAAAGUCUCCUUAAGCAUCAGACGUUUACAUUUAGAGGAUGUAUAUGUGGGGAUCUGUCUUGCCAAGCUGCGAAUUGACCCUAUGCCUCCACCCAAUGAGUUUGUCUUCAAUCACUGGCGAGUUUCUUACUCCAGCUGUAAAUAUAGCCACUUAAUUACCUCCCAUCAGUUCCAACCUAGUGAACUGAUCAAAUACUGGAACCACUUACAACAAAAUAAGCACAAUGCCUGUGCCAAUGCAGCAAAAGAAAAAGCAGGCAGGUAUCGCCACCGUAAACUGCACUAGAAGGACAACACUCCCUCUGUCAGAUGUACUCCAUGUGCAAUUUGUAAAUACUGCUGAACGCAUGUACAGUGAAAACGGAUGAGCUUAACGGGACAGCCUUUAGUUGAUCCCCAUCACAUAGUGGAGUCUGAAAAUUAUUUUUUUAAGUUAAAAAAAGUAUAGCUCUUGAUAACCUAAUAUUAUGAAACUAUAACCAAAAGGUUUUCCCAGCAAAUCUGAGGAGAAAUGAAGACGGUAUAUAAGGAUCUUUGUGUUAAUGUGCAAUAAUAAGCAUGCACACUUUGGUGGUACAAUUGCUGACUUAUGUGCCAAUAAAAAAUAAUUGAGCAUAUUUUCCACACUAAAAUUUUAUUUAAAAAAAAUGCAUUCAUAGCUCUAGUUCUCUUCGAUGUAAUGAUUUGUUGUUAUCUAGAAUUGCUAUAAAAUGAAAAAUUUAAAACUAAGAAAAUGCACAAAGGGCAGAUCAGUUUUACCUUCAAAUACCACAUUAAAAUCAUUAUACACUUCUUAACUGUAUAUUUAACAAUGUCACAUUUACAAUUUUUCAAGACACUACCAAUGAACUCUAAAGCACUAAGAAAUUACUCCCUUAAAGUAGGUCCAGUUUUGGGAAGGUUGCUUGUUUUGGUCAGGAAGGAGGGAUAAAUAAAAUCAAUGUUCAGAAAACUGUCACCUUUGUACAUCACCUUCAGAAAUGCAAGUGGUGUUCUAGAUUCAACCAGAUUCUCCUAAAAGAGCUGAUUAAAGUUACUUAAUUCUCUAAAAGCCACAUGGUGAGCUCCUAAAACCUGGUGCCAAGUAAAACUCAUCUUGGCAUCUUCAUGCAAAUUCAUUGAAUCUGCUGUUCAUUCCUUUGCACAACUUCAAGGUAACUCAAAGACUGAUGAGAAAUGCAAACCAGAACUUCAGGUCUUUCACUGUAGUCUCAAAAAUAUUCCAUUUUGUGGAAAGAGGUAGAAAACCAACUAAAUCUUUGUUGAUUUUGCUCUGUCCUGCCUGCUCUGCCCUCCCCCACCCCCCAAAAGAAAGAUCAGUCAAGUGAAAAUAGGUCUGAUAGAGAAAAUUAAGGCACAUGCCUUACUUAAAAAAUGGGGAAAACUAUGGCAUACUAAGAUGGAGAGUUCCGGAUAGCAGUAUGGGCAAAACAAAAAUCUAGGCGAUUUUAAAAACUAAAGCCACAACAUAUACCACUUAAAAUAAAUUGUGAGAAGUAGGUUAAAUCUAUUUACAGGUUUCCAGUUUUCUAACAAACAGAACUUUUAAAGCUUAUUUUCCAACUGAGUUACAACAGAGUUCUAUCAGAUUCAGGUUAUUACUGUUUGUCACAGUGCCAGGGUAAGCAAUACCCACCUCUGAUUUAGCAACAGAUAAUGGAACUGUGAUUAGUUUUCUGUUUGACUGGGACUUUUUAAUUGGAUAAAAUACAAAUAUUUGAUGUACUUUUAUUAUUUAAUAAAAUUGAUUAUAUUUAUGGUCUUCAGACUUCACUUUUUAUGGGAAAGUUGCUCAGGAAGAAAACAAUUUCUAGCUUUAUCAUUACUUGACUUUUCUAGUGUUGCCUAGUUCUAAAGCCUAGUUUUCAUACCAUGAAAUCAUAGCAGUUCUUUUGUUGAGGGUUUUUUUGUAAUGAAAAGACAAACCAUAUUACUGAGCAUUCUCAGCAGCCCGAAGGCUGUCUGUAUGCAGGAACAUACGCACAUGAACAGGCUGCACUGCACUGGACUAGCUCUGAAGAAAUCCCAGGAGCUCCUAUUGAAGAUGGGCAUGGGAAUUUGCUCAACAGCAUUUUUGUUGGUCAUCAUCCACCAAAUUUUGUUAUCCGUUCUAUUUUAGGUAUGAUAAUUAUACAUUCGUGCAUUUCCAAGAUAUCUCAAAUUGUAGAUAUGUCCAUUUCUGGGGAAAGCAAAUGUGUGUAAAAAUAGUAGUACUCUGCAGAAGAGAUUUCUCCAACUAAACUGAAAGUGCCUCCACUUAGUUUAUGUGAUGGCUGUUGGUGUUCAUGUGAGACAGAGCACUAGAAAAAGGCUUUGGGAGUGUUCUUUCAAUACCCAUUUAUUGUUUUCUUCACUCUCCGUCUGCCUGCUUCCUUCCAGCUAACACAGGCCACAGUUAAUAUUGCAGCUGAAAGCCACCUGGCUGAAGUUAACUAUCUGCAAGCUUUACACAAUAGUGCUAGUUUUAGACAACUAGAGCGAGUACUGAGAGCCAGCUACUACUUAACGGCAUUCAGUUCUGGAAGAUGUACAAUCCCAUAAAUGGCUUCUCCCCAAGUACUGCUGGCCAAGAACACAGCCCAGCCUCUUGGAGAGGGCUUCAACACUGUUCCCUGCCUUCAGCACUUCCAAGUUAGACUAUAACGUACUCUACUUGGAUUUUACCAACUCCGGCUAGUUCAAAAUGCUGUAUAUUGGGUAUAGUCCAAGAUGUUAAUAACUAAACCUUAAACAGUUUGGCACUUCAAUCAUAAAGUUUGGCAGCCAAACAACGUCUGGAGUACUUCACUUUGGAGCCCAUGCAUGAUGCCCAUCUGCCCAAGCUUGGCAGAAUUAUGAUACGAGUUCAGUAUAUCAAACCUCUUGAUAGUAAAAAUACUGGUGAGGAGUAUAAAAUGUUAAACAAACAAAAAAAUUAAUGUCCUUUUAAGGGUCCAACUUUUUUUAGUAUUUGUAUUAAUGUUUGGGCAUACAUUGGAACUACUCUAUAUUUGAAUUAUUUUCAAGACAGCCUAAGGCUACCUAGAUCAUUCAUAUCGAAGUACUGUUUUCUUGCACAGUUUGUUACAAAGCUUUCAGAAGUAGGAGGGACAGCUGUAUGAUGAAAUAUGCAAUUAUGGAAUGAAAGAUCCACAUUCCAUUCUCUGAAUGUUUUUACUGUUUUCUAGCUUGUGUUUAAGCUAUUUGCUCACUCUAGUAGAAUGUAAAAACAGUUUGUGUUAAAAAUAGUACAAUCAUUAUUAUAUGCAUUUAGGUUAGCAAUAAGAUACAAGCUUGUAUCCAAAACCCCAGCAUACGUGCAAAGCAGUUAAAAAAAGGUAUAGAAGUCUGUAUAAUAUUUGCUUUAAAUGUUUUUGCUUCUCUGUGUGUCUUCAGAUUGAAAACAAAUUCAAAAAGUCAUACUGACUCACAACUUGUUAUAGAAAAAAAAUGCAAUGUCAUUGGUACCAUUAUCAUGGCAAAGAAAAAAUUCUUAGAAAAGUGAAGCAUGGUAAAAAAAGUGAGAAAUUGGAAUUCCAUAAAGUUACCCUGUUUAUUUAACUUUCAACUAAAUAAAGACUUACACAUUGAUACUAGAUGACCAAAAUGAAGUCCCA